CAUCGCCAGGGCGGCGGCCGCCCAGCCGGAGCCCGCCGAGCCCCGCGCGGCCCGCUCCGCUGCCGUCGCCCCCCAUGCGCUGGGGUGGCUGCGCUGGCUCCUCGGCCUCGGCGGCGGCGGCGGCGGCGGCGCAGCACGGGAGGCUCCUGGGUCCGGCGCGGAUGGAAGGUCCCCGGGUGGAUGUUUGCUGAGCGGAGGCUGGCCGUGCAGUAGGCAGGGCCGGCGGGUCGGCCGGUGUUUCUGAUUUGUGUGUGUGUGUGCGUGUGCGUGUGCGCGGGCGUGUGUGUGUGUGUGUGUGUGUGUGUGCAUUGUGCGGCACACGGAGCGGGCGAGCGUGUGCGGGAGCCUCGGAUCGCGGCUCUGCCGCCGUUGCAAAGACUGAUCCAGGAUUAUGGUGUAGGUGAAGGGAGAAGUCUUUUGCUCACCCCCAGGAUUUGUUGUGCUCGGAUUUUGAUUGCAUUCGGGGGUUUCUGCAAACACGGACGCCUCCCCCGCUCCUGCGGCCCCCCUGCCUUGUUUUCCGUUAGAAACACGGGCAAGAAAAUAAAUGUAUUCACUGGGUGUCGCAAGAGCAAAGGCUAAAUAAUCAAAGGUAACAGCAGCAGCAGCAAGGCGAAGAGAGACCCGCACUGUAUCCUGCUCCCCCACUCCCAGACCUGCCCUCCUAUUUAUUGGUGAGAUCUGCCUCCCUCCCUCUCUGUGCGAGUGUGUGGUGUGAGUGUUUAAUCCCAGGAAAAGUGCAGCCAUCCAGCCAUGGUGGUUUUCAAUGGCUUGCUGAAAAUCAAGAUCUGCGAGGCGGUGAAUCUGAAACCCACAGCGUGGUCUCUGAGGCAUGCGGUGGGUCCCAGGCCACAGACCUUUUUGCUGGACCCUUACAUAGCCCUCAAUGUGGACGACUCCAGGAUCGGGCAGACCUCGACCAAGCAAAAGACCAACAGUCCUGCUUGGAAUGAUGAAUUUGUCACCGACGUUUGUAAUGGCAGGAAGAUUGAGAUGGCUGUUUUCCACGAUGCCCCCAUCGGGUACGAUGAUUUUGUAGCUAACUGCACUAUACAGUUUGAGGACUUGCUGCAGAAUGGGAGCCGCCACUUCGAGGACUGGAUUGACUUGGAGCCAGAAGGGAGAGUAUAUGUCAUCAUAGACCUUUCAGGAUCAUCAGGUGAAGCACCCAAAGACAAUGAAGAACGUGUAUUCCGGGAACGUAUGCGCCCCAGAAAGCGCCAGGGUGCUGUGCGACGCAGGGUACACCAGGUUAAUGGACACAAGUUUAUGGCCACCUAUCUUAGACAGCCAACGUAUUGUUCACACUGCAGAGAUUUUAUAUGGGGUGUAAUAGGCAAACAGGGAUACCAAUGUCAAGUUUGCACUUGCGUAGUCCACAAGAGAUGCCAUGAACUUAUAAUAACGAAGUGUGCUGGCUUAAAGAAGCAGGAAACUCAUGAUGAGCAAGUGGGAUCCCAGCGUUUUAGUGUCAACAUGCCUCACAAGUUCAGCAUUCACAAUUACAAAGUGCCCACCUUCUGUGACCACUGUGGUUCAUUGCUCUGGGGUCUUUUGAGACAAGGUUUACAAUGCAAAGUUUGCAAGAUGAAUGUACAUCGACGCUGUGAAACAAAUGUGGCACCAAACUGCGGAGUGGAUGCUAGAGGCAUAGCUAAAGUUCUUGCAGAUCUUGGAGUCACUCCAGAUAAGAUUACAAAUAGUGGACAGAGAAGGAAAAAGCUGAUUGCAGGUGCAGAGACUCAGCAACAAGUCCCUGGAACCGCAUCAACAGAAGAUGAUAGGUCAAAGUCAGCACCAACUUCUCCAUGUGAUCAAGAAAUCAAAGAGCUGGAAAACAACAUUAGGAAAGCAUUAUCAUUUGACAAUCGGGGAGAGGAGCACAGGGCAACAGCUACAACAUCGACAGACAACCAGCUUAAUAAAUCUGGGGAGAAUGGUGAAAAUGGGGAGCUCAAACAAGCCCAGACCAAGCGAAUAGGCCUUGAAGAGUUCAACUUCAUCAAAGUAUUAGGGAAGGGCAGCUUUGGCAAGGUCAUGUUAGCUGAGCUAAAAGGUAAAGAUGAAGUGUAUGCAGUGAAAGUCUUGAAGAAAGAUGUUAUUCUUCAAGAUGAUGAUGUAGAUUGUACAAUGACAGAAAAGAGAAUUCUGGCAUUAGCACGGAAACAUCCAUACCUAACACAACUUUACUGCUGCUUCCAGACAAAGGACCGCCUCUUUUUCGUCAUGGAAUAUGUAAAUGGAGGAGACCUAAUGUUUCAAAUCCAGCGCUCACGCAAAUUUGACGAGCCUCGAUCCCGCUUUUAUGCAGCAGAGGUCACAUCAGCACUCAUGUUUCUUCAUCAACACGGCGUCAUCUACAGGGACCUGAAACUGGACAAUAUUCUUCUGGAUGCUGAAGGCCAUUGUAAGCUGGCUGACUUUGGAAUGUGCAAAGAAGGGAUUCUGAAUGGAGUGACAACCACGACCUUUUGUGGCACGCCUGACUAUAUCGCUCCAGAGAUCCUCCAGGAGUUAGAAUAUGGCCCGUCAGUGGACUGGUGGGCUCUGGGGGUUCUCAUGUACGAAAUGAUGGCUGGGCAGCCCCCCUUCGAGGCUGACAACGAAGAUGAUCUCUUCGAAUCCAUCCUUCACGACGAUGUCUUGUACCCAGUGUGGCUCAGUAAAGAAGCCGUCAGCAUUUUAAAAGCGUUCAUGACAAAAAACCCAAACAAGCGGCUCGGCUGCGUGGCGUCACAAAACGGGGAAGACGCGAUCAAGCAGCAUCCGUUUUUCAAGGAAAUUGACUGGGUUCUUCUAGAGCAGAGGAAAAUCAAGCCCCCCUUCAAGCCUCGGAUUAAAACCAAAAGGGAUGUAAAUAACUUUGACCAAGACUUUACGCGAGAAGAACCAGUAUUAACGCUAGUGGAUGAGACAAUUAUAAAACAAAUCAAUCAAGAAGAAUUUAAAGGGUUCUCUUAUUUUGGAGAGGAGCUACUGCCAUAGACAACAUUAGGCUGACAGAUGGAUGAUGCUGCAAGAAGUGAUUCUGAAGAGAUCGUCAAAUUACUGAGACUCAGUAGAUCAAGAACUACUUCUCUUACCCUGAGCCCAUAUCCCCAGUUAAAGUAUAUAUUUAUUGUUUUUUCCUUUAAUCUUCUGACCUGAAAGCACUCUUAAUUUCUGUCUCACAAAGCAAUGCAAAACAAUUUUGUAUCAGAAAUUGUAGAUGUAACACACUGCCGUGUAUUUGCAACUUUUCUUUUGUUCCUAAGACCUCCCAAGAGGACGAAAUUGCAUCUUUUUUUCAUGGAAAAUGGAACCACGCCAUUAAAAGUGAUUUAGCAGAUCAUGUUAUUUAAUCGUCAUAUGUAUUUAAACUAACAAGGUGAGAACUGUUUCUUCUGCACUGAUGGUUAUGGUGAGAUCUGUACUUAAAUAUGGAGCACAUAAUAUAUUGCCUUGUGGUAAGUGAAGAAGUCUACCUUCUUGGAGGUGGGAUUACUGGUUAUGAAUGUUUUAUUGGGUGGAGGUACAAACAUAAAGUGAAACUGUCUGGAAAAAGAAGCACAGCUAAUUAAUUUGAUGAAGUUCCCUUUAAAAUUUGUGGAAAACUUUUAGGAAUGAGAGUCGCAAAAGUAACUGAAACCGUAUUUACAGUAGGAAAUCAGAUGCUAUGUGGAUAGUUAUUAAAGGGCUAAAGAAUAAAAAGCCUAUAGUACUUUAACAUAGGCAUUUUACAUUUUUUCAGGCAACUCGGUGUACUAUCCAUGUUACAAAAUAUAAUACCCAUUCAAAUGAACCAUUAAUGUGAUGGCAAGGUU